AUGGACUUUCUGAAGUCUGCUGUCGCUUCUGCGAUCGCGAAAGGAAGCUCCUUUCCAUAUGCCCUGGGCGAUCGACUUGACAACGAAGAGUCGAUUUGGGCGUUGCACAGUGCUACGAAAAGGGAUGAUGGUUCGUCCUGCUCAAUAUUCACUUUUGACCUGCAGAAGGACAAAUCUCGCCUGCCACUGGCAAGGAAUGCUUUACGCAAAUUACGAACUCUUAGACAUCCUGGCAUCAUCAAAGUGCUCGAUACCUUGGAGACGGAGACGAACAUCUACAUUGUUGCUGAAAAGCUUGCACCUCUCAGCUGGCAUAUCAAGCGCAAAAGCAUUAGCGAGGAGACUGCAAAAUGGGGCCUCUACACGGUGGCAUCAACAGUGAAAUUCAUAAACGAGGAUGCUGCUUCUGUGCACGGGAACAUCAAGUCAUCGUCUAUUUAUACAUCGGAGAGCGGGGAGUGGAAGAUAGGGGGCUUUGAAGCAUUGAGUUCUAUGAAGGAUGAUGAUGCCGUUAUCUACAAUUAUGGCAGUCUCGUGCCAGGUUCAGGCCGUUCUCAACCCCCUGAAGUUACGAAUGGCGGCUGGGCGGCUAUUAAGAGGAAUCCAAUAGCAGCAGUAGACUCUUUUGGGCUUGGAAUAUUGGUUUUCGAGGUUUUCAGUGGCAGCUUCCGUGGUACAGAUCAGCUCAGCCAGACCAAGGCAAUUCCAUCGACUAUGGUUCCGAGUUAUCGCAGGCUUAUCAACAGCAAUCCAAAAAUCAGACUAAGUGCUGGCCAUUUCCUCGAACAGGGAACAAAGGUAGGGGGCUUCUUUGAAACGCCACUGAUUCGCUUGACGACCGAUGUGGACAAUUUAGGACUGAAGAGUGAAACAGAAAGAGACCAAUUUUUGAGUGAGCUGGAUGCAGUUUCCAACGAUGUUCCGGAAGACUUCUUUAAGAUGAAAGUACUUCCGGAGCUGCUUAAAUCAGUCGAGUUUGGUGGUGGUGGUCCCAAAGUCUUUGCCGCUGUGUUGAAAAUAGGUUCAAAGCUAUCAGACGAUGAGUAUGAAGCGAAGCUGGUCCCAGUCAUCAUUCGGCUUUUCAACAAUCCAGAUCGGGCCAUGCGAGUCUGUCUCUUGGACAAUCUACCAUUGAUGAUACAUCGCCUUUCACAGAAGGAUGUAAGCAAUAAAAUCUUCCCGUGCAUGGUCACCGGUUUCACAGAUGUUGCGCCCAUUGUCCGAGAGCAGACCGUCAAGGCAGUACUUACCAUUGUGGGUAAGCUUACGGAUCGCGUCGUCAAUGGAGAGCUCUUGCGAUACUUGGCGAAGACUGCAAAUGAUGAGCAGCCAGGGAUACGUACCAACACGACGAUUUGUUUGGGCAAGAUAGCCAAAAAUCUGGGAGCCAGCUCGCGGUCUAAAGUUUUGGUGGCUGCUUUUACUCGUUCACUCCGGGAUCCAUUUGUUCAUGCCCGAAAUGCUGCCUUGAUGGCAAUGAGCGCUACAAUUGACUUUUUCAGCGAAGAUGACUGCGCAUACAAAAUUUUGCCUUCUCUUUGCCCCUGCCUGGUCGACAAGGAGAGAAUAGUUCGAGACCAGGCAAACAAGACCUUGGAUCUCUACCUUGCUCGUGUUCGAAAGCAUGGCGCUAGCUUGGCCGAUACUGCUUUGCCAGCCGCAGAUAGUGUCAACACGGCGAGUUCAACGUCGACACGAAUGGGCAACUCGGGUGAUACUUCGUGGGCAGGUUGGGCAAUAUCUUCUUUCACGAAUAAGAUGACAACGGCUCGUGGCGAGAUGCAGCCACCUGUUGAUGGACUGACAUCGAAUGCACCUAACGAGUCGCGCUCUGCUUCACUUCCAGCUUCUGGCAGAACGACGCCGGCGACGCUACCAUCCUCAGGCAAAGCUGUUGCCGUUGUAACUGAGCGGGUUGCUACAUUCACGGAUUCUGCAUUACUAGAUGGUCAACAACCGGAUGAUGCCUUCAAAGCUUGGGGCGACAUGGGAGAAGAGGAUGACAGCUUCUUUGAUGCGCCAACAAGCAGGAAACGGUCUCCAGAGCCUCGAAAUAAUACGAAGUAUGAUGACGAAGGCGAGCCUGACUUCGCCGGCUGGCUUGCUGCGCAAUCACAGGCGAAAUCAAAGAAGCCUUUACCCAAGGGCCUAACCAAGGUGGCCAAUGCAAGGCCCAGUAACAUAGACCGUCCCACGUCAACCCACACAAUCAGACCUGGAGUUGGUACAAAGAAGCUGCUCAAUACUACAUCAAAGCCUAAAGUGACGGUACCCGUCAAGAAGAUAGAUACCAAACCACAAGAAACCGAAUCAACAGAUGAUGGAUGGGGCGACGAUUGGGACUGA